CCGGACGGCACCGGGAGGCCAGGGCUGUAACGCGCGCGCCGGAGCGGGGUCCGAUGGUUCUGGAAGGCCCGCGGCGCCCAGUGCUGCAGGUUACCUAGGGUAUGCAUAAAUACAGACUUGGAAACUCUGAAAGAACUUAGAGUCAGCAUUUCGAGUGUAGGUGCAGUGAGCGGACCCCCAAGCCUGGCCGGCACUAGAGCUUGAAAGAUCAGGGUUGAGCACAGUAAGCUCUUCCUAUCAGCUACCAGAGCUGAAGCUUGGGCAUGCUGUGAGUGUCCAAUAAGCUAUCACAAUGUCUGAAUGCAGUUCACACAGCAGCAACACAGCGCUCGCAGACAUUAAAACGUAAGCUGUGCUAGAACAAAAUGCAAUGAAAGAAACACUGGAUGAAUGAAAAGCCCUGCUUUGCAGCCCCUCAGCAUGGCAGGCCUGCAGCUCAUGACCCCUGCUUCCUCACCAAUGGGUCCUUUCUUUGGACUGCCAUGGCAACAAGAAGCAAUUCAUGAUAACAUUUACACGCCAAGAAAAUACCAGGUUGAGCUGCUGGAAGCAGCUCUGGACCAUAACACCAUAGUGUGCUUGAACACCGGCUCAGGGAAGACGUUCAUCGCCGUCCUGCUCACCAAGGAGCUGGCCCAUCAGAUCAGGGGCGACCUCAACCCGCACGCCAAAAGGACCGUGUUCCUCGUCAGCUCUGCAAACCAGGUUGCUCAACAAGUGUCAGCUGUCAGAACUCACUCAGAUCUCAAGGUUGGGGAGUACUCAAACCUAGAAGUCAAUGCAUCUUGGACAAAGGAGAGGUGGAGCCAUGAGUUUGCUAAGCACCAGGUUCUUAUUAUGACCUGCUAUGUCGCCUUGAAUGUUUUGAAAAAUGGUUACUUAUCACUGUCAGACAUUAACCUUCUGGUGUUUGAUGAGUGUCACCUUGCGAUUCUAGACCACCCCUAUCGUGAAAUUAUGAAGCUCUGUGAAAGUUGUCCAUCAUGCCCUCGAAUUUUGGGACUAACUGCUUCCAUUUUAAAUGGGAAAUGUGAUCCAGAGGAAUUGGAAGAAAAGAUUCAGAAACUGGAACAGAUUCUCAAGAGUGACGCGGAGACGGCAACUGACCUGGUGGUCCUGGACAGAUACACUUCUCAGCCUUGUGAGAUUGUGGUAGAUUGUGGACCAUUUACUGACAGAAGUGGGCUUUAUGAAAGAUUGCUGAUGGAGUUAGAAGAAGCACUUGGUUUUAUCAACGACUGUAAUGUAUCUGUAUAUUCAAAGGAAAGAGAUUCUACUUUGAUUUCCAAACAAAUCCUCUCAGACUGCCGUGCAGUGUUGGUUGUUCUGGGACCCUGGUGUGCAGAUAAAGUAGCUGGGAUGAUGGUAAGAGAACUUCAGAAGUACAUCAAACAUGAGCAAGAGGAGCUACACAGGAAGUUCUUACUGUUUACAGACACUUUGCUAAGGAAAAUCCAUGCACUGUGUGAAGAGUACUUCUCCCCCGCCUCCCUUGACCUGAAGUAUGUGACUCCCAAAGUCCUGAAAUUGCUCGAGAUCCUGCGCAAGUACAAACCCUAUGAGCGGCAGCAGUUUGAAAGUGUGGAGUGGUACAACAACAGGAAUCAGGACAAUUACGUGUCCUGGAGUGAUUCUGAAGAUGACGAUGAUGAUGAAGACAUUGAAGAAAAAGAAAAGCCAGAGACAAAUUUUCCUUCUCCAUUUACCAAUAUUUUAUGUGGAAUUAUUUUUGUGGAAAGAAGAUACACAGCAGUUGUCCUAAACAGAUUGAUAAAGGAAGCUGGCAAACAAGACCCAGAGCUGGCUUACGUCAGCAGCAACUUCAUAACUGGACAUGGCAUUGGGAAGAACCAGCCUCGCAGCAAACAGAUGGAGGCGGAGUUCAGAAAGCAGGAGGAGGUACUUAGGAAAUUUCGAGCUCAUGAGACCAACCUGCUCAUUGCAACAAGCGUUGUAGAAGAGGGUGUGGAUAUUCCCAAGUGCAAUUUGGUGGUUCGUUUUGAUUUGCCCACAGAGUAUCGAUCAUAUGUUCAGUCUAAAGGACGGGCACGAGCGCCGAUCUCUAAUUACAUAAUGUUAGCAGACACAGACACGAUAAAGAGCUUUGAGGAAGACCUCAAAACCUACAAAGCUAUAGAAAAGAUCUUAAGAAACAAGUGUUCAAAGUCAGUGGAUGGGGCUGAGGCUGAUGUCCAUGCUGUGGUGGAUGAUGAUGACGUUUUCCCACCGUAUGUUCUGAGGCCUGACGAUGGGGGUCCUCGAGUCACAAUCAACACUGCCAUUGGACACAUCAACAGAUAUUGUGCUCGAUUACCAAGUGAUCCGUUUACACAUCUAGCUCCCAAAUGUCGGACCCGAGAAUUGCCUGAUGGAACAUUUUAUUCAACUCUUUAUCUUCCGAUUAACUCACCUCUUCGAGCCUCCAUUGUUGGUCCACCAAUGGAUAGUGUGCGGUUGGCUGAGAGAGUGGUAGCUCUCAUUUGCUGUGAAAAACUGCACAAAAUUGGUGAACUGGAUGAACACUUGAUGCCAGUUGGGAAAGAGACUGUUAAAUAUGAGGAAGAGCUGGACUUACAUGACGAGGAGGAGACCAGUGUUCCCGGGAGACCAGGAUCCACAAAACGUCGGCAGUGCUACCCCAAAGCAAUUCCAGAGUGCUUGAGGGAGAGUUACCCCAAACCUGAUCAGCCUUGUUACCUGUAUGUGAUAGGAAUGGUCUUAACUACCCCCCUCCCCGAUGAGCUCAACUUCAGGCGGCGGAAGCUCUACCCACCCGAGGACACCACAAGGUGCUUUGGGAUCCUGACAGCCAAACCCAUACCUCAGAUUCCUCACUUUCCUGUCUAUACACGCUCUGGAGAGGUCACCAUAUCCAUCGAGCUGAAGAAGUCUGGUUUCACAUUGUCUCAACAAAUGCUUGAGCUGAUUACAAGACUGCACCAGUACAUAUUCUCACAUAUUCUCCGGCUUGAGAAGCCUGCCCUGGAGUUUAAACCUACAGGCGCUGAGUCAGCAUACUGUGUUCUACCUCUUAAUGUUGUUAAUGACUCCAACACUUUGGACAUUGACUUUAAAUUCAUGGAGGAUAUUGAGAAGUCUGAAGCUCGUAUAGGCAUUCCCAGCACUAAAUAUUCGAAAGAAACACCGUUUGUUUUUAAGUUAGAAGAUUACCAAGAUGCAGUUAUCAUUCCAAGAUACCGCAAUUUUGAUCAGCCUCAUCGAUUUUAUGUAGCUGAUGUGUAUACUGAUCUUACCCCACUCAGUAAAUUUCCUUCCCCUGAAUAUGAAACUUUUGCAGAAUAUUAUAAAACAAAGUAUAACCUUGACCUGACCAGUCUGAACCAGCCACUGCUGGAUGUUGACCACACAUCUUCCAGACUGAACCUUUUGACACCUCGGCAUUUGAAUCAGAAGGGGAAAGCACUUCCUCUAAGCAGUGCUGAAAAGAGGAAAGCCAAGUGGGAGAGUCUGCAGAACAAACAGAUACUGGUUCCGGAACUCUGUGCUAUCCAUCCAAUCCCAGCAUCACUGUGGAGAAAAGCAGUUUGUCUCCCCAGCAUACUGUAUCGCCUUCACUGCCUUCUGACUGCAGAGGAACUGAGAGCGCAGACAGCCAGCGAUGCUGGUGUGGGAGUCAGAUCACUUCCUGCAGAUUUUAGAUACCCUAACUUAGACUUCGGGUGGAAAAAAUCUAUUGAUAGCAAGUCUUUCAUCUCAACCUGUAACUCCUCGUUGGCUGAGAGUGACAAUUACUGUAAGCACAGCACAGCUGUAGUCCCUGAAAAUGCUGCACAUCAAGGUGCUACUAGACCCUCCCUAGAACACCAUGACCAAAUGUCUGUGAACUGCAAAAGGUUGCCCGCUCAGUCACCUGCUAAGCUCCAAAGUGAGGUUUCAACGGAUCUUACAGCAAUUAAUGGUCUUUCUUUCAAUAAAAACCUUGCCAAUGGCAGUUCUGAUUUAGUUAACAGAGACUUUUGCCAAGGAAAUCAGCUGAAUUACUUCAAGCAGGAAAUACCUGUACAACCAACUACCUCAUAUCCCAUUCAGAAUUUCUACAAUUAUGAGAACCAGCCCAAGCCCAGCAAUGAAUGUCCUCUACUGAGUAAUAAGUACCUUGAUGGGAACGCUAACACAUCUACCUCAGACGGAAUCCCCGCAGUGUCCAUGAUGCCUGCCAUGGUGAGUGCUGUUAAAGCACUCAGGGACAGGACAGACUCUGAGCAGAGCCCUUCUGCUGGGUACUCCUCAAGGACGCUCGGCCCCAACCCGGGACUCAUUCUCCAAGCUUUGACCCUGUCAAAUGCUAGUGAUGGGUUUAACCUGGAGCGGCUUGAGAUGCUUGGCGACUCCUUUUUAAAGCAUGCUAUCACCACAUACCUGUUUUGCACAUACCCUGAUGCUCAUGAGGGCCGCCUUUCAUAUAUGAGAAGCAAAAAGGUCAGCAACUGUAACCUGUAUCGCCUUGGCAAGAAGAAGGGGCUGCCCAGCCGCAUGGUGGUGUCCAUAUUCGAUCCUCCUGUGAAUUGGCUUCCUCCUGGCUAUGUGGUAAACCAAGAUAAAAGUAACUCAGACAAGUGGGACAAGGAUGACAGGACAAAAGACUGCUUGCUGGCUAAUGGCAAACUGGGUGAGGCCUGUGAGGAGGAGGAGGACCUGACGUGGAGGGCUCCCAAAGAGGAGGCUGAGGAUGAAGACGACUUCCUGGAGUACGACCAGGAGCACAUUCAAUUCAUAGACAGCAUGUUAAUGGGGUCAGGAGCCUUUGUGAAGAAAAUUUCUCUUUCUCCCUUUUCAACCUCUGAUUCUGCAUAUGAAUGGAAAAUGCCCAAAAAGCCGACCUUGGGCAGUCUGCCGUUUCCCUCAGACCUUGAGGAUUUUGAUUAUAGCUCUUGGGAUGCGAUGUGCUAUCUGGAUCCUAGCAAAGCCGUUGAAGAGGAUGACUUUGUGGUAGGUUUCUGGAAUCCGUCAGAAGAAAACUGUGGUGUUGACACAGGGAAGCAGUCAAUUUCUUACGACUUGCACACGGAGCAGUGCAUUGCGGACAAGAGCAUAGCGGACUGUGUGGAGGCCCUGCUGGGCUGCUACUUAACCAGCUGCGGAGAGAGGGCUGCCCAGCUCUUCCUCUGCUCGCUGGGGCUGAAGGUGCUCCCAGUCAUCAAAAGGACCAGCCGGGCAGUGUGCCCUGCUCAGGAGAACGGAAGCAGCCAACAAAAGAGCCUUUCAGGGAGCUGUGCGGCUGCUGCUGUCGGCCCACGCUCCUCUGCAGGGAAAGACUUGGAGUACGGCUGCCUGAAGAUCCCACCAAGGUGUAUGUUUGACCAUCCAGAUGCAGAGAGAACCCUGACCCACCUGAUAUCUGGGUUUGAAAAUUUUGAGAAGAAAAUCAACUACAGAUUCAAGAAUAAGGCUUACCUUCUGCAGGCUUUUACACACGCCUCCUACCACUACAACACUAUCACUGAUUGUUACCAGCGCUUAGAAUUCCUGGGAGAUGCGAUUUUGGACUACCUCAUAACCAAGCACCUUUAUGAAGACCCGCGGCAGCAUUCUCCAGGGGUCCUGACUGACCUGCGCUCUGCCCUAGUCAACAACACCAUCUUUGCAUCAUUGGCUGUGAAGUAUGACUACCACAAGUACUUCAAAGCUGUCUCCCCUGAACUCUUCCACGUUAUUGAUGACUUUGUGAAGUUUCAGCUUGAGAAGAAUGAGAUGCAAGGAAUGGAUUCUGAGCUUAGGAGAUCCGAGGAGGAUGAGGAGAAAGAAGAGGAUAUCGAAGUCCCCAAGGCCAUGGGGGACAUUUUUGAGUCUCUCGCUGGUGCCAUUUAUAUGGACAGUGGGAUGUCUCUGGAGGUGGUCUGGCAGGUGUACUACCCGAUGAUGCAGCCUCUAAUAGAAAAGUUUUCUGCAAAUGUGCCUCGUUCUCCAGUGAGAGAGUUGCUCGAGAUGGAACCAGAAACUGCCAAGUUUAGCCCAGCGGAGAGAACUUACGAUGGAAAGGUCAGAGUCACCGUGGAAGUGGUGGGAAAGGGGAAAUUUAAAGGCGUCGGCCGGAGCUACAGGAUCGCAAAGUCUGCUGCAGCACGAAGGGCCCUCCGCAGCCUCAAAGCUAACCAGCCUCAGGUUCCUAACAGCUGAAGCCUCCAGACUCACGGGCGGCGGACCGGAACCACAGCAGCACGUCACGCUGACACGGAACAGAAAAAUUAAAGGCAGAAUUUUAAGUUUGAUAAUGAGAUAGAUAACAGAAUAAAACAUUUACUACGUGUAUAAACUUUUUGGAACUAA